AAUGUUAGAACUGGAGAGAAAGAAGGAAGAGAGUUCAAUUCUGUUGGGUGACAAAACUAUUAGCUUUUGGGAACAGAUGCAAGAUCCAUCUUCAAACCCUAAUUCCAAUUCCAAUCCCAAUCCUCACAAUGCCAAUGCUGCAUCUCAGCUACCACGACCGCCGCCGUCAACAGCGGUCCCCGCCGCCGGCGCCUCCUCGUCCUCGAUUUUCGCACGCUCCGGCGGGGCUCACCACCGGCGAGCUCACUCGGAGGUGAGUUUCCGGCUUCCGGACGACAUGAUGGACCUGUCGCCGUCGGAUCCAUUUGCCGGCGGGUCAUCUACAGCGAGUAUGGAGGAGAUCGGAUCCGAGGACGACUUGUUCUCGACGUACAUUGACGUGGACAAGCUGGGAGGUGCAAACGGGUCGGGCGGUGCGGGAAACGGAGCGGAUCCGACCGGAGAACGGGAGAAAAGUCCGGCGAGGGCGCGGCACCGGCACAGUAAUUCCGUCGAUGGCUCUUCAUCUUUUGCCGAAAUUAUGGAAGCUAAGAAGGCUAUGCCUCCUGAUAAGUUAGCUGAGCUAUGGACAGUUGAUCCCAAGCGUGCUAAGAGAAUACUUGCAAAUCGGCAAUCCGCUGCUCGAUCUAAAGAGAGAAAAGCUCGCUAUAUACAAGAACUCGAGCGCAAGGUUCAAACACUUCAGACCGAAGCCACAACCCUUUCUGCUCAGUUGACAUUAUACCAGAGGGACACAACAGGCCUGAGUACUGAAAAUACCGAGCUUAAGCUCCGUCUGCAAGCCAUGGAGCAGCAAGCACAGCUUCGUGAUGCUCUUAAUGAAGCAUUGAAAAAGGAAGUUGAGAGACUUAAAGUUGCUACUGGUGAGAUGAUGAGCCACACUGAAUCCUUUAAUUUGGGAAUGCACCAUAUGCCGUUUACGGGAUCAACUUUCAGUCCAAUCCUGUCACAAUCAGGUCCUUCUGGUCACCAGAACAUCCAGUUGUCAUCAUUUGGUCACUCCCCAUCAACAAUGCCAACUCAUCAACUGCAUCAAACUAGUUCUCAUACACUAUCAGAAAUAUUGCAAAAUGACCAGCUUGGUCGUUUCCAGGGCCUUGACAUUAGUAGCAAAGGAUCAACUCUGGUGAAGUCUGAAGGCCCCUCACUGUCUGCAAGUGAGAGUAGCACUACCUUUUGAAUUGACAGAAAUCACUUGACCUGCUGACUUAUCCAUUUCAUUCAUUGUUCGUAGUGUUGACGUCUAGUCAACUAAUGAAGAUACCUUAUUUAAUCAUUCAGAUUUGAGGAUUAAUUCUUAACUAUUUAUUCUUAGGGAUGCUCACCAAAAAGGGGAAGCACCCUUGGGGUUUUGUUGUGAAGUUCACACAAUCUUGUUCAGCAAGACAUUUGGUGUUUCUGGGCGCGGGAAUAUCGGGAAUGAAAGGUCAUUCCCAUUGUAUCUUUGUAUGUUGGGAUAUGCAUGGAUCCUCUGAUCUUUUGUAUCAUCGUUUACGUGAUAACAUGUACACUGUGUGAUUUAUGUUGUGUUUCACUUCAUUAAUAGUCCUAGAUGGACUCGUUUUUUUAUAAAUUUAGGUACUUAGUUUUUGGUUUAUUCAUAGUCGUUGUACAAUCCAAGAGUUUUUGAUAGCUGUUGUAUUAAAAGUUUCUUCCCAGAUCA